GUCCACUGUAAGAGCGCCAUGAUAACGCCCUGAUCUUGGCACGAAUGCACGAGCAAUCAUUUCAUUUUCCGAGGCUAGGUGCCCCUGAUCACAAUUAGCAUUUAACGUCAAGAGAUUGGACUUGACUUUUUCAUGUAAGCCGUGCAUCCAAUCGCAGACUUAUCGCAGCUUUGUCCGAGUCAGUUGAAAGAAACAAUGGUCCCAAAAUGGACGUCUUUACGACUUUUAAUCAUCCGACUUCCCCUUUUGAUCACCAUCAUGAGACUCUUACCUCCGUUACCUCGUGUUUCCCAUGUGUACAGCCCAAGACGAGGCGUACGUCGUUUACAUACUACCCGGCAUCAGGCGCAGCAUAGCCUCCGCACAUCUUUUUCAAUCGAUCCCUCGCAAGUCCUUUAGCAAAGGCUAACCACAAGAAUAGCAGAACAUUCGCGGCGCAUCAACCAAAACCAUAACCUUAUCAUGUUCAGCAGCCUUUCUAGCACCCUCGCAGCAGCCGCAAGCGCUAGCGGAGCCAAAGGAGACGCCAAGAAGUCCGUGUCUCCAACACUUCGUGCAGACAUCUAUAGCGCCAUUGAUCAGGCAAAGCCCUGGCUCAUUGGGGGUACUGUGGGCAGACAAGCCGGCGAUGGCGUCGCCUACCAGCCCAUCAUCGCCAGAAUUCACGAGCACUUCCCUGAUACGAAAGUGGGGUUGGAUGCAGUACGAAACAUAGAGCAUGAAGUGGCGGCUAUCGUUGCUGGCAUCACAAAUAUGAUCCUUGAGAUGAGCAAGUGGGACGGAAUGGCGGGAGCCAUGGCCAUGCGUACCUGGGUCGACGCACUUGGUGACGCGCACAACAAGAUAAGCACUGCGUCUACUGGAGCAAAAGGCGCUUCCCGGAAGGAUCAAGUUGGACGAGGAAUUACCAGGGGCAUUAAUCAGUUGACCGACGUCACCCUGAUGACAAGAGAGUUUGCGGCGAGGAUACAAAUCAUCUCGCUGUUAAAGAGCGUAAACACGAAGAUCCAUGGCGCAGGGAGUGAUGAGGCGAGACAGGGAGAAGCACUGUGGAGCUCAAAGUUCAUAUGAUGCUUUGAGAGGGAAACGUAUUUGCACCUCUAAACAAUGGGAAAAUUGCCCAGUCAGCACGCUUCGUUGUAGAUUUUUUUUUUUACGCCAGACAUAUUUGACCUUGCAAAUUCAUGCUCCA